CGAGAGCCUCCGCCUCUGACGCAACUGUAAGACCCUUUUGGGGAACGGCUGCUGCAAUGGAUAUAUAAACUGCUCUUUCUCAGCUUGACCUGAAACUGUCAACUAAUUCAAAGCAUUGAACAUACUUUACGAACACUAUAUCUUUUCUAUCAGACAGCAUCCAUCAUGUCCAAUCUCAUCAACAAAGCCAAGGUAGCCUUUGCGGAGCACAAGGCAGAGAAGAACACCGGCACAACUGGCUAUGGAGGCACUCAAACAACCGACUACAGCACCGGCCAGACUGGUACUGGAUAUGGUCAUCAUGCUGGCACAACAGGGACCACCACAACUGCAGGGCCCCACAACAGCUCUGUUAUGAACAAAGCAGAUCCUCGUGUUGACUCAGACCUCGACCACAGAGGAAAUCCUACAAGCCAUAUCGGCGGACACGGUACCUCCCACACUACGGGCGGAUACGGUACCGGCGUCGGCACCACCGGCGCUUCCACCACCGCAGGUCCUCAUAACAGUUCUGCUCUGAACAAGGCAGACCCCCGUAUUGACUCAGAUCUCGACCAUAGAGGAAACCCCACGAGCCACGUCGGCGGGCACGGUACUUCCCAUACUACGACUGGCUACGGAACGGGUGCCGGUACAACGGGAACCACUACAACUGGUACCAGCGCCAGCGCAGGCCCGCAUAACAGCAAGCUUUUAAACAAGCUGGACCCUCGCGUUGACUCGGACCUUGAUCACAGAGGUAACCCGACAAGCGCGGCUGGUGGAUAUUCUCAGGGCGCUGGGUACGGUGCUGCAGGCGCUACCGGUAUUACGGGUACAACAGGUACGGGCCAUCACAGCCAUCAUCAUGGACAUGGUCAUCACGGCCAAGCGCCCAUUCAUGACCAAACCACGACCGGACACACUGGUGUUGGCUCGCACACCGGCUAUGGAGGAAACUCUGGCACGACAGGCUUGGGUGGAAACAGUGGUACUACAGGCUUGGGUGGAAACAGUGGUACUACAGGCUAUGGUGGAAACACUAGCACCACAACGGGCACGCAACCAGUCCACAACUCGAAUCUGUUGAACAAGCUCGACCCCCGAGUGAAGACUGACAGUAACGGCAAUGCCUACUGAGGAGUAUAGUUGGGCAGUAGUUUUGUCUGAUCAGGCGGACUUGCAUGGAGAUAUUAUACCCAGGUGUGUUUUUAUAGGAUAGUGAUCCAUUGAACGAAUGAUAUCAACAAUAUGAGUCAAUUUUCCUUG